AUGAGUGGAGAGUCAGAUGACAUUAAUGCCAAGAUUUUUAAAUCUGUAGCUGAGGUUUUCCAAGCAGCUCAAACUUCUUAUGCUGGUCAUCGUAAACAUAUAGCAGUUUUAAGAAAAAUCCAUUCGAAAGCUGUAAUACAAGGCUAUGAAGAUGCCUUUAACUAUUGGAUCAACAAAUUAAUUACGAAAGUACUACCUCUACCCAAAAACCACCCUUAUGCUAGAAAAAUAAUUAAUUUAAUAACAGGUUUUGUUUCUUCAUUAGAACGUGAUUUACAAGAGGCUAGAAAAAAUUCCAACUUAGAUGAGGAAGCAUUGGAACAACAAGAAGAAGUUUUUACGCGAUUCAUAGAACAUUUUAUAAAUCAUAUACUACGUGGUGCUGAAAGUAAAGAAAGAACUGUAAGAUUCAGAGUUGUUCAGUUACUAGCGUUAAUUAUUACAAAUAUUGGAGAAAUUGAUGAUACUUUAUAUAAUACAAUUAUGUGGUCCCUGAAAAAAAGAAUCUUUGAUAAGGAAGCUGCAGUAAGGACUCAAGCUAUAUUUUGUUUAGCACAACUGUAUGACGUAGAGAUGGAUACUGAUACAGAUGAUUUUGAUGAACCAAUUAAACAAUUACUCUUUUCUAUUCAAAAUGAUUCAUCCCCAGAAGUACGUAGAGCAACAUUAGCCAAUUUACCAAAUGUAUCAGGCACAAGAGGCUUUUUAUUAGAACGUGCGAGAGAUGUUAAUUCUAUUAAUAGAAGAUUUGUAUACUCUAAAAUUUUGAAAAAAAUGGGUCUUAAAGCAUUUGAAGUGUUAAAUUCUGAUACUUUAGAUCAAGUUUUAAAAUGGGGAUUAGAAGAUAGAGAAGAGUCAGUUAGAAAGGCUUGUUCCAGAUUAAUAUCGUAUGAUUGGUUAGAUCUUCUGAAUGGGGAUUUAAUUGUAUUAUUAGAGAAUCUAAAUGUCACACAGUCCACUAUAGCUGAAAAAGCUAUAUAUAACAUUUUUAAAUUAAGGCCUGAUGUAUUAUCAGUAAUUAAAUUUCCCGAAGAUAUUUGGAAGGAGUUGACUGCAGAAAUUACUUUUCUCUUAAAAUGCUUUUAUAAGUAUUGUACUGAGUCUGAAUUAACUGAGUUAAUAGAUUCAAAUUUUCCAGAGGCAUCUGUAUUAUCAGAAUACCUCAACACAUAUAUACAAACAAGAUUUAAAGAUGCUACUAAAGCUGAAUUAUCAGAUAUUGAAAAAGAUCAUUUAAAUUUUAUCAUUGAACAAUUAUUAGUUAUUGCUAACCUUUAUGACUUCAGUGAUGAAAUAGGUAGAAGAUCAAUGCUAACAGUUGUAAGAAAUAUGCUAAGUAUCAUAGAACUUCCUGAUUCUCUAAUUAAAAUUGGAUUUAAUGUACUUAAAAGUUUAUCAAUUAACGAGAAAGAUUUCGUGACGAUGGGUAUUGAAUUAAUUAAUGAUAUUCGUGAUGAUGAUGUGGAAAAACAAGAAAAAAUUGAAAUGAAUAAUUUAAAGGAAAGCUCAAAUAAGGAAGACAAUUUAAAUAAUAUUCGAGAAGGUGGUGAUAAUAAUGAUGCUAAUGAAGAUAAUGAAGAAGAUGAGGAUGAGGAUGAUGAGGAUGAUGAUGAUGAGGAUGAUGAGGAUGAUGAGGAUGAGAAAGACUAUGAGGCUAUUCAAGACUUUCACAAUGCGGUUGAAAAUUUAGUGAAUGGCAAUAUACCAAGUAGUAGAGAUAUGCGUUUAUUAAAUAUGGUUAAAGAAACUGAAGCGUCUCCUGAAACUUUAUUACUAUGUUUACGUAGAUCAUGCAACAUGCUGGAAUUGGUUGAAAAACCAUUAUUUCAAAAUAUUAUGCUUCAUUCUUUAAUAGACACACUAAUUAUACCUGCUGUACGAAAACCAGAACCCGAAAUUAGAGAACUGGGUGUUAAAAAUCUAGGAUUAUGCUGUUUAUUAGAUGUCGAAUUGGCAACCUCAAAUAUGCAACUUCUUGGACAGUGUGUUUCGAAGGCACAUCCCGCUUUAAAAGAUAUCGCAUUACAAUGCAUAAUUGAUAUAUUUUCGGUUCAUGGCACUGAAGUGGUUGAUGGUGAAGGUAAAAUAGACUCAAUUGUGUUGUACAAAAUGUUUUAUAAAGUCUUAAAGGCAACAGAUUUACCCAACUCUCAAGUCAUUGUGGCGGAGGGGUUAUGUAAGCUGUACUUAACUAAUAUUCUUUCAGAUGACGACUUGUUCGAAACUCUAAUACUUACCUAUUUCUCACCGGCAAACUUUAAAAAUGAAGCGCUUAUUCAAGCGUUUGCUUUUUGUCUACCCGUUUAUUGUUUUUCUCACACAACACAUCAACAACGAAUGGCCAGAGUAGCUGCUGAUGUUAUGCUGAGAUUAUGUAUACUUUGGGAAGAUUUACAAAGCAACAUGUCUGAAACCCAGUUAGAUCCAGAAUCUAUGUCAAAGCCGAGCACCAUAUUCCAACAAUUGAUAAAUUGGACUGACCCAAGGAACAUUGUAAAACGCUCACAAUAUGAUAUUGAUAAAGAUACCACACAGUUGGACUUUUUAUUAAAUAUACUGAACUCUUUCAAUAGUGUAGAGAAAGCUCAAAUUAGAAAAAUGCUGUUGACUAAUAUUAAUCAAUUUUAUAUCAAUCCAGAACAAGAUAUUUCAAAAUUAAAGCAAAUACUUUUAAUUAUUUCUGAUAUUCUUGAAACUGAAACUCACGAUGCUGUUAGUAAAAAUUCAAUUAAGAAGUUCCAACAAUCCCUAGAAAAGGUUGUAGAAGAAGCGUCUGUAAAAGCUGCUAAUAAUACAGGUGAUUCUAACGAACAGUAUUCCAUAAUUCUUGAAACUACUCAAUCUAGGGUUGAAUCAGACGAUAUUCCAUCCUUGGGACAAAACAACAACGAAUUAGAUGAAAACCAAUCUAUGGAGAAAAAUUAUAUUAAUCCACCUUCUCAACAGAAUAACUACUCUCAAGAGAAUAAUAAUAAUAGUGCUGAUAUGACUGUUUCUAGUUCUACCGAAUUAAAGAGGAAUAACGAAACCCAAUCAAAAUCCUCUACUAGCAUAACAAAUAUGGAUCCUCCGCUUGCUAGAAAUCCGAGAAAAAGAACUAGAAGCCAAAUAUUUACUGAACCUGACAGUUUAUCAAAUGAAAAUAUAACACAAGAUAUAUCACAAAAUAAUGACACAAUGAAAAGUGUAAGCUUUCUACUGCCGCAAGAUGACGUGGUAAAAAAUAGUAUCAAACCAACUUUAACUUUAGGAGAAACUAAUUUAAGUGAUGAUGAAAUGUCUAUUGAUGAGGAUGAUAGUGAUUUCGCUUCAAGCUCAUUUUUCACGUCGGUUUCAUAA